AUGAAUGACGACCCAACCAGUCUGACAGAUGACUUCGAGAGGUUUUGUCAGAUGGCCCACGGCUCACCGCAGCGAAACGCGUCAGAGUCGUCUGGAGGAGCCGACUUCCUGGCGGCUCCACAGCCGAACAUGCGGCGAAGUCGAGCGUCAAGCAUGCGAGAGACUCGUCGUCGCAACUCGCUGCAUCCCAACUCGGUCGGCGCCAACGGUGCAGCUCGUCUUGCCGGUGGUUCGCGGUCUCCCAAUUUGCGUUCUGGCAACGCUACAGCCGGGUCCAUGUUCCACCCUGCCGGCUCGAACCGGACAGCGUUGGGCCCGAGCCCGCAACACGGCUUUCCCGACAACUAUCCGGCCAACGAGAGCAGAGGAGAGUCGAGGCUGAGCCCCAGGCGGUAUUCGGCCAUGUCGCCGGCAGGCGGCGCUCCCAGUCCGGGCAAACUGGCCAGUCCGGAUAGCACAACCGCCGGGCCGGAUCUGCUGGCGAAGGAGCAGCAGAUGGGAGGUCAAAUGGCCAAUUCGCUCGGCUGGCCCGAGUCGUUGGCUUCAAGAUCCCGAUCCGGCUCCAUGAAGGAGGGUCGAAUGUCGUCUGCCUGUCAGCAGUUGAGCCCGACUCUGGCGGCCCGACAGACAAGAGACAGUCUGGGCGUAAUACGUGUCCGCAGUUUCAGGAGGACGAAAAAUGGCCAAGUGGUCAGUCAAGGCGACCGGGCUGUUAUCACCUCGACGCCUGCUGCAAGGUUAGUCGAUUCGACCGGAACCCGGCGCUCGAUCAACACUGGCUGGACGGGACAACAUGGAAACGAGCCUUGUCUAGUCGCAGAUGAGACGCCGGAAAAUGACUUUCUAGAGCUCCCGGCAAUCACGACGACACAGGCUUCUCCCAGAGCCUACCAUCAUCACCACCAUCCGACACAUGCUCAGCAGCAGCUGAUGCAACAGUUGCAUCAAAAGCAGCCGACACUCUCCCAUUUGGCUCCGAUGCACUCUGCCUCGUUGCGUUCUAUUUCUAUGGCGCAGAAUGAAGAGGUUGCGGCCGAGAUCAAUUUGGCUCUUCAGCGCCAUCGUCUUUCCGGCUCCACCAGUCAAAUGCUGCGAGUUCAAGUAAUAGGAGCCGAGCAGGUUGGCAAAACCAGUUUGUGCGAGCAGUUUCUCAGCUCUGAGUCCCUAGACGACGGAUUUGAUUCAAGUGAGUGCCCCCAAAAUCAACGAUGCUACCUGCAGGCUCGAGUUAGCCCAGAGUAUCGAGGCGUUUUUCAAACAUUUAGUAUCAAACAAUUUAGGCUUUCUAAUGAGAUAGUGGCUGGUACGUCCGUUUGCCCUCUGCACUCAUACCUAAUCAACCACACGGAGCCAUGUAGAAUCAAGUUGUACAAAUUGUUGCCAUUCGGUGAUCAAGUUGUAAACAUUAGAUAUUGA